ACAGUCCUCGUCACCUUUACUUACUUUCCCCAAACAUUACAGCACACAGGCUUUUCGCCAUGGACUCUCCAUUCUCGAGCCCGACGAAGGCCCUGAACCCCCUAUCGCCCGAGCGGAUGAAUCAACAAUUCACGCCUAACUCCCCAUUAGCAUCCAACAUUCUCAACCUUCGAGGAACACACUCCAAAAAUCUCUCUGAUGUUCAAUCCAAAGUCGCGUAUCUCAAUGGUCUGUCCUCUCGAGGAAACAGCCCUGCCCAUGCUCCACAGCAACAAUCUGCGAGUAAUUCAGCAGCUUUACAGCGCGCCAUCCUAGGACGCGAAGAGGCCGAAUCUGCUUUAGCGCAUGCAAAUUCAGAACUCGCCGAAGCCCAGUCCCGUGAGCGUCGCAUCAGUGAACGACUCGAAUCACUGCUGGAGGAACUCCAAACCGCCAAGGAGCGACAGGCUCAUGAGAGGACGGUGUUCGAGAAGGAAAUCCGUAAGGCCCGGAAGGAGGCUUUCCGCGCUGGCUCAGUGGUCGUCAAGGUACAAGAGGACUUGAAGCAUGCGAGAGCCGAGGCCAAGGCGUUCAAAGAUGAGGCUCAGGUGGAGCGGCGCGCGAAGGAGCAGGCAAAACAAGAGGCAUUCGAGCGUGCUUACGCUCUGGCCGGGCUCACCGAGGAGAUGGAAGUUCUCAAAGAACAGCUCCGUGCCGCGGAGGCUAACAUCAGGUCGCGAAGCCAGAAAGCACAAAACCUCAAGAUCGGCCAACAAGACGCUGGACGGAUGUCCCUGGUGGAAGGCGAUCUCGCUCUACUACUAACCCCUACCCCUCGGAGACCUAAACGGGUAGCCGAGGAUUCCGUCAACUCCCUCCUAUCUCGUGCCACUAAACCAUCGCCUGCACACGAUACCCCUCCCAAGCGACAGAGACUAUCGGACGUCACUCCCCGAGCGGAAGCUGAGGAAAUUGCCCUUUCGGAAGCGCAACAAGAUAAGAUGGAAGAACUUGAGCGAAUUCUGAAACACGAGCGCCAGCUCAGGACGAAUGCCGAGGAUUUGAUCGAAUUCCUCAGACUCGAGUGCCAAUUUAAGCGCUGUUCUUGCCGGUUGACCGAGACGGAGGAAUCCGAUCAUGUGCAUGAAGCGGGAACAGUCGAGGGUGCCGAGCAGGAGCAUGAAACCAAAGUGCAGGAACAUGGAGACCAUGUUGUCGCCCCGUCGCGCGACGAGAGUGAAUCGCACACUCACCUUGGCGAGCCUGCUGGUUUCGCUGCGCAGGAAGACGUGAUUGAGACUAUCGACGAAGAUGAUGACUUGGAAGAAGCUCAGGAGAUCGAGGAAGAGAUAGUGGAGGAUGCUGAAGACGAUGAUGACGAUGAACUUCAAGAGGAGCCGAUAAUCACCUUUUCACCUGCGACCGGCACAUUUCACACAAUCCCAUCGCCUAUUCGGGGAUCUCCGCGGAAACAGCUCCAUGAAGCUGCGUUACGUUCGCCAUUGGCAGAGGUCGAGGACGAAGUGGAAGCUCCAGCAGUGACCGGUAGUUCUGUUCCGAAAUAUAACCUUCACAGACAUGAGACGCCGUAUGAUCACAUCAUGGAUAACGAAGCCCCUGCCUUCACCUCUACCCCGGGGACUCACCGGUCUUCGAUGGUUGUUGAUGUUCCGUGGGACCCUGUGUUGCCCGUGGUACAUGAUGCUCCUCCCUCACAUGGACACGAUGACCUCAAGAAGAUCCCUACACGAACCGACGAGUCCGCAAGCAAUCGCUUCGCCGAUGUCCCAGGCACGCCCAUCAGCCGGGAGGAAGCCCUGGCUCAGAUCCGAGCACGCAGAGGCAGGACCAACACGAUGAAGCGCUCCAUCAGCGCCGGCGAGAGUGCUCUACGCUCCGGCGGGAUGGGCAUCACCCCCGUGCGAUCCGCCCGGCGCAUCCCAGGCGUCCAAGUCCACCACGCAGAAGCACAAAGCGAUGGCUCCAUCCGCAAUCGCCGCGAUCUGAGUGCUCCUAUCCGAAUGUCGUACCACUAGUCAGUGGCUCAGAACAACUUUCACGCCAUUCCCGUCUAUCUCCCUCUCCCUUUCACAUCCCUACCUCAAAACUCUUGGUUAAUGACUCGAACUCUCUCUCUCACUCUCACUCUCUCUCUCUCAUGAUACCCCGGUACUCCGAGUGGCAAUGGCGUUUAUUUUGGGGGGAAGGAAGUUUCACCUCGGCUUUCAUGAUUUUUUUUGGGCUUCGAUUUUGUAUUUCUUGGUAUAGAUGGUGGCACAUCCCAAAAGAUCUUUGAUGAAUAUUUCCCGGUGACUUUGUGUGUCCGACAUAUCAUGAAUCAGGUACUAAUACGGCAUAAGGAUUACUAUCCGUCUCUGCGCCCACUCUCACUCCCUCCUCUACAGUUAAUUAGAGAUCUCCUUUGUCCUGGCGUGUGUGUGAUGUUUGCUUGGUUUCUGGUUUUCUCUCCACUUGGAUACAGCAUCUGUUCUCCCGA